AUGGCCAAGGCCCCUUCGUCACUUGUUCUGCCCAUCAUCUUCCUUCUUUUAUCUGUCUUAGUUGAGCCAAAUAUGGGAUGCAUUCAAAUUAUAGGGAAAUGCAAUGCAAUUCCAGAUUGUAGUGCGUUAUGCUGGAAAUUCCUAGGACCAAAUGCAAAUGGUUACUGUGACAACGAUGGUGCUGGUGGAACAUGUAUUUGUACUUACGAUUGUCCAGCUUCAAAAACGCAUAUAUGA